AUGGCUGCUAGUCAACAUGUCUCGUUCAAAUUAGAAGACCUGUUCUCGGUGAAGGGCAAAGUGGUUGUUGUCACGGGCGGGGGGUCUGGCCUUGGCAAAGCCAUCGCCGAGGGCUUCGCUGUCAACGGAGCGAAAGUCUAUAUCACUGGCAGGAGACUAGAUGUAUUAGAAACUGCCGUUAAGCAAAUCUCUGGCGACAUUCAUGCAAUUCAAGGCGAUGUCCAGACAAAAGAGGGAUGUCGUUCAAUUGCGGAUGCGAUUGGAGCUUCAGAGGCUCAUGUUGAUACGCUUGUUCAUAGUGCCGGGGUCAACAGCCCCUGGCGGGUAAUAGCGCAGGAUCACAACGACCCGGAUCAGGUCGAGAACCUGCUUAUCAAUGGCCUUGAAGAGGAGGACUUUAAUCGAAGCAAUCAAAUAAACGUGAUGGGUGUUUACUUCCUUACGGCAUAUUUUAUUCCUCUUCUGAGAAAGGCUGCCGACCCUAAUAUUUGUGUUAUUGCGUCAUUGGCUGGAAUCGCGAACCAAAGGUCGAUGGGUUCUCCAACGUAUGCUGUUUCCAAAGCUGCGGCCGUGCAUUUGGCUAAGCUUCUUGCUGGCCGUCUUCACCCGAUGAAAAUCCGCGUCAACACGAUAUGUCCCGGAAUAUUCCCUUCCGAAAUGACUGGUGUGACGGCCGGCAAACACGAAUAUAACAUCAACCACCAGGCUGAGCGUGCCGCCAGGCGCUGCACGGCUGGACGACCCGGACGCCCAGAGGAGAUGGUCGGUCCAGUGUUGAUGCUCUCGAGUGCUGGAGGAGGUUACAUAAACCAUGCUCUGCUUACCGUAGAUGGUGGAAGGUUGAUGGGAUUGUCGAUUAAUGACGGGAUCCGAAUGCCGGAAGAUACAUACACUGACGAGAUUCUGGGAUGA